UUGCUAUACUUCUUCAUCAGAAAAGGUGUAAAAACCUGAAAAAGAUCUAAAUCUUCGCUAAUCGCUCAUGGAUAUUGCUAUGGAGUUUGAUAGAACUAACCAGCGAAGGAAUUUGUAUUCAGUUUCUAGAAUCUUCAACAAAGCAAACAUGGCGGACAAACAGUUCAUCGUUGUUCAUUUGUGCGGCGGUGCAAUUAUUGGAACUUUCCGGCGAAGAGUCGAUUCGAAUUACGCCGGCUUAAAACCAUACGGUCCUUCGCUGAAGCUGAUUCAAUAGAACAGAACCCAUCUGCUGGCGAUGUAGAGCUGUCGUUGGUGGUCUUUAAUGUGCAUGAUUCCUACAGUGCUUGCAUGUUACAAAAAAGUGGCUGGACAAGAGACAUAGACUUGUUUUUCCAGUGGCUAUCAGCUCUACCUUUCUCAGGCGGUGGUUUCAAUGAUGUUGCCGCUGCAGAAGGCCUUGCUGAAGCAUUGAUGACGUUUUCUUCACUCAAAAAUGCUGAUGGGCAAAGACAUUGCAUUCUUGUUGCUGCAAGUAAUCCUUAUCCAUUGCCUAGACGAGUUUAUUAUCCAGCUAUGCUGAAUCUGGAGCAGAGUGAUAAUGAAGCACAUACCAGUCUUCGACUAGCUGAUGCUGAGACAGUUGCAAGGGCAUUUCCUCUGUGCUCUGUUUCCCUCUCUGUUAUAUGCCCAAGGAAGCUUCCGAAAUUAAGAGCAAUAUAUAAUGCGGGAAAAUGCGAUCGACAAGCAGCUGCCCCGCCCGUUGAUACGUCUAAGAAUCCAAAUUUUCUUGUAUUAAUUUCGGAAAAUUUCAGUGAGGCCUGUGCUGCUUUCAGUCACACUGAAAUGGAAAGUUUGGCGCCAAACCAGACCCUGGUUGAAAUGGAUAUGUCUUCUGUGCCUCCAGUUUCCGGUCCAGCAGCAGCUUCUAAUCCAUCAGCUAUGAAUCAACAACCAAUUUCAGCUGGAAAUAUUCCUCUUGGCAGGAAUAACAGUGCAGAGGCUAACAUGUCUCUAUCUCAGCAGCAAACAUUGGCUACAGUACCAUCAGCUCCAUCAGGUUAUGUCGAAUUCUGGGAGGGAAAUUUAUGUAUGGUGAGGGGGGGUCAACCUGAACAUAUUUCGAAACUACAGGGGUACAAGAAAUCUUCAGCUUCUGAAUCGCCUGCUGCAAAUUUGCCCCAAACAUUGCAAAUUCACCACUUUAUGCUCAAAGAUCAUAUGUUUCAACAAGUUAGACAGUGCACCACUGGAAAGGCAGAUAUUCUAGCUUUUUGGGCAAUUGACAGGCAUGGAGUUCUUAACAAUCUGCAAGAAAGGAACUUAUCUGCAGUAAUUAAUCUACCAUCACAGACAUUGUUCGUCUAUGUUACUGAUAUAAGUUUCCGCUUAAUUGGAUUGCUCUUAUCUAAUGAGAACAUGAGGUUUAGGCCAACGAUACCCAACCAGCAGUUGCAAGCACAACCACCUCCCGGAGUGCAGCAGCUGCAGCACAACCAAUAACUGAGGCGGACUCGGAUAACCAGGACUGGCUAGAAUUUUUGAGUUUUGAUGAUUAAAUGUAACAAUGAAUUUGACUACCAGCCAUUGCAGAAAUUUUCAUCAAGCUAAAGCAGCAGAAAUUUCUACUACUUAGCUAUUGAAUUUUGAACUCUUUUUUCAUGCACUGUUGGAGAAAUUGGCUUGCCCAAUAUGACUAUUGUUCUUCAUCCCCAAACCCAAACCUCACAUUGUGGAAUGGUUGUUAGUUAUUCCUGUUGAAACUAUUGGAUUUACAGGUUGAGGAAACAAAAGUUUCAUUUUUGUUA